AUGAAGCUAGUAAUAUUCCUAUCAGUGGCUUUCGUAAUCUUCGUGAAUAUCGUAGCUAUGAUAUACAGAAGAGAUAUGGUAAAUUAGGUGGUAAUCAAAGACUUUGAUCAUUCGACUGCCAAGGAGGGAACCGUCAUUAGAGUCAAUGAUAAAGCUGUUUACAGAAAAAUCAUUAGCGAGUACUUUCCACCAAGCAACGAGUCAAUCUAGAGCGCACCAAUUAACGAGAGGGCUCCAUAGAAUGAGAAAAAGUUCAUCAGCGACGAAAUAAAUGAAUAACCUCAACUUAUUCCUACCAAUGCUAAAGAGAAUUAAAAUGUAAAGAACACUAAAAACAAUGAGGGCUUGCAUGGAAACGGUGUUCAAUGGGAAAUCUUCUCAAUACUAGUCUUCAUAUUCGACUUAGAAUAAGCCCAUGGAUCAUUGAGUUAAAGAAUCAAUGAAAUGAGCAUUGAUCAAUUCGUUUUAUAAGAGAUUUAGAAUCCUGAGGAAUAAGUUGGGAUAAUGAACUUGCUAAGUCUGGUCCAACAAUCUGCAAAUUAAUCAAAUUAGCAAGAUUUAAAUAAACUCAAAUUAAAGGUCAGCUCUGCAAUGGGCAAUAACACGAAGAGCAUCUCACCUGUGAAUGAAAAUUAGCAAGCGAAAGUUAAAUGUGGGGACCCUGAAGGAAAUUAUGAUUUCAGCCAACAGUAUUACACUACAUCUUGGAUUGUAUUUGGCAUUGCUUCCUUUAUAAUGUUUGUGAGUUUGAUAAACAUGGUUUAUCAGACUUUCAGAUAUAAAUCAUAAGAUGAAUAUUUUUAAGAGAUUUCAGAAUAUGUUCAGAGAGAGGUUCCAAACCUACCCAGUUAGCAGUAAAAUUUCUAUUCAGAGAGUUAUGAUCAAUCCUACACAAAUAGUUUCGUGCAUUAACAGUAAUAUAGACAUAACUCAAACAUACUAUUAAGCUAGACCAUUAAUCACACCAUGAUGAAUAGCAGGGUAGAUUAGUUUAAUAGCAAUGCUGACAAUAGCAGAUGA